UCAAGCCAUGAAAAGCCACAGGUUUGAAUGCCAGCCAGAGAAGUCCACAAAUAGUGGUGAAAAUAAAUCUUAGUGGCUUCCUGCCCAGAAUCCCACAGCUUCAGUUGUCAGGAAUGCAGUGUAUGUUUUCCAUUGUGGCAUUUCAAGGAGGAAAAUUCAGAAGAGAUAUCUAUUACAAUCACACCUAAAGUCUGAACUCAAUGGUGAUGCCAGGCAGAAAAGAAUCACACUGAAACCUCAUUCCUCAGUCUCAUAUGCAGCUCUGCAACAGAACAUUCACUGCCUCAGCCUUGAUCUCCAGAGGAUGCCAAGGACCAUCCUCUCCUAAGCCCUCUCCCCUUCACUCUUUGCAAGAAUUCCCUUGGAACACAUAAGCUAAGCAAGCCAGAGAAACAGAAUGAAAUUGUGGAGUUCAUUACAUAUAUUUGGAUACAAAUGAAGCCUCAACAGAUUCAAGAGGGUUGAGAUAACACCUUGUAUCUUAUCAGACAACCAUGGAUUAAAGCUGGACUGUAACAUCAGAACCUUCAGAAAGCUUACACAUUCAUGGAAAUUGAACAACUCUCUACUCAAUGAUAUCUAGGUUAGGAAAUAAAUAAGGAAAGAAAUUAAAGACUUAAAAAAGCCAGACACAGUAGACUUUCUUUGCUGUCCUUCGACAUGGGAGGCAGAGAAAAGCAGAUAUCUGGUCUAGGCCAACCUGGCCUUCUUCGGUGUCUCGGUCCUCCUUCAGAGAAUAUGAUGCUCGCCAAGUCAGUGAGGUCCGAUGGUCACUGUGAGGAAACCCUGAGGGCACUCCGCAACUCCAGCAAAGGCCGCCUGCACUACGACCGCGAGGGGCUGCUGAGUGUUUUGGAAGAAUUCGAGUCUCCUCUCAAACUGUCUUCUUACUCUGGAUGGGUGCUAGAUCAUAUCCUACCCAACACCUCACGCAGCGUGCAAGAGAAUGCUCCUUCCUCUGGUAACCUACAGUCCUCUGGAUCUGCUUCAGGCCUGGACCAAUCCUCACAACUCAAGUCUCCUGUCAGAAGUACCCCACAAUCUCCCUCACACUCAACGCCAAGUGGAACCGAGAGCACACAGGAGUCCCCGUUCACAAAACCUAUUGCACUUCGGCCCUCUCGGGUGAUCCAAGUGGAAGGUUGCAUCCGAAUGUUCGAAUUGGCGUCCAGAAGGAGAGCAACAGAGAGCCUGAGGCAGCGGCAGGAGAAGCACGAGAGGAAGGUUCAAGCCAUCGCAGAGAUGGCAUCCCAACAGCUAAAGAAGUUGGACGAGCUGAAGGAGCUGAAGCUGAAGCAUGAGGAGUUCCGGGACUCAGAGGAAGUGAUGGAGAGGAGGAGCAGAAAAGCCCUGUGCCAUCAGGAGAAGCUGAAAGCUAGGCAGCAUUGCCCCAGAGCCAAGACUCUCAACCCAAAGGUGGAAGAGACAGAGCAGCAGCAGCAGCCUCUGGAGGAGGAAGGCCAGGUCCUUCUGCGCAGCCUGUACACCCUGCAUGAGGAGGUCCUGCAGCUCAAUCAGCAACUGGAUGCCUCAAGUCAGCACAAAGACCUGCUGAAUGUGGAUGUGGCUGCCUUCCAGACCCGGGGCAACCAGCUGUGUGGCCUCAUCUCCGGAGUCAUUCGCAACACUUUGGAGAGUGGCAUUCCCACAGCAGAGAAUCAAGCCAAGGCUAAGCAGGCCCUGCAGAAAAUGCAGGGCCUCCUCUUGAAUUUGGAGCAGGAGAUUACCAGAGAGGAAGAGGAGGAGGAAAAGGAGGAGGAGGAGGAGGCGCAACUCAAGUGGCAGGAGUCAAAGAUGCAGCAGGUGCCAGGGGGUCUCGGACAGAGCUCUGCUCCCAGCCCAAGCCCAGCAGGUUCACAGAAUGAAGACCUGCAGGGGAAAGUACAAGAUAGUACAAUGCAGUGGUACCAGCAACUUCAGGAUGCUUCUGCCGAAUGUGUGUUGGCCUUUGAGGAUCUGGCCAGCAGCAAGGACAGUCAGACGAAAGAGAUAAGGAUGGACUUGCAGAAGGCAGCCACCAUCCCGGUGAGCCAGAUCUCCAGCAUCUCAGGUUCAAAGCUGAAGGCGAUCUUUGAUAAGAUCAAUUGCCUGCUCUCAGGAAAGCCUGUCCAAUCUGGAGGGCGUUCCGUGUCAGUCACUCUUCACCCUCAGGGGCUGAAGUUUGUUCAGUACAAACUAGCAGAGAAAUUUGUGAGACAAGGAGAGGAGGAAGUGGCCUGUCACCAUGAAGCUGCAUUCCCCAUUGCAGCGGUGGCAUCUGGUAUCCGGAAGCUUCACCCCAAAGUCGGAGACCUCAUUCUUGCUCACCUCCAUAAGAAGUGUCCUUACUCCAUUCCUGUCUACCCAGCUUUCAAGGAAGGGAUGGAUUUGAAGGAUUAUCAACGGAUGCUUGGCUACCAAGUGACGGAUUCCAAGGUUGAGCAACAGGACAGUUUUCUAAAACGAAUGUCUGGGAUGAUCCGUCUGUAUGCUGCCAUCAUCCAGCUCCAGUGGCCGUAUGGAAACCAGCAGGAGGCUCAUCCUCAUGGCUUAAACCACGGCUGGCGCUGGUUGGCACAGAUCUUAAACAUGGAGCCUCUCUCAGAUGUGACGGCCACUCUCCUGUUGGAUUUCUUGGAGGUGUGUGGCCAUGCCCUCAUGAAGCAGUACCAGGUCCAGUUCUGGAAGAUGAUACUUCUCAUCCAAGAGGACUACUUGCCCAGAAUUAAAGCCAUCACCAGCUCAGGACAGAUGGGCUCCUUCAUACGUCUCAAGCAGUUCUUGGAGAAAUGUCUGCAACACAGGGAGAUCCCUGUCCCCAGAGGCUUUCUGACAUCGCCCUUCUGGUACUCUUAAUGUCCUUUGUCACACCGUGUGGGAGGAUGGGCAACAAUAAAGCAACUGAGACAGUGG